UUGCCCAACACGCCCUUCAUUUCCAUUGCCCUUUCCCUUCCAUUCCAGCACGUCUCCAACUUCAUACAUUUCUCACUUUCUCACAUUUAUAUAUAUACAUUCAUAUAUGUAUAACAAACAAUCGAUUCUUUAGGAAUCACGAUCUGUAUCUUGUUCUACUCUUCCUUUUUUUAUUUGAAACACAGUGAUAUUGAAGAUUUAUAACCAAAAGCCAAAACGAUGACGAACGGCGGAGAAGAUACGGUGCUCAUGGAGAAGAAACCAAAGACAAAGAUCGUUUGCACCUUAGGACCCGCGUCCCGAUCUGUUCCAAUGAUCGAAAAGCUUUUGAGAGCAGGCAUGAAUGUUGCUCGCUUUAACUUCUCUCAUGGAUCUCAUGAGUACCAUCAAGAAACCCUUGAUAAUCUCAGGGCUGGUAUGGUUAACACUGGUAUUCUCUGUGCUGUUAUGCUUGACACCAAGGGACCAGAGAUUCGAACUGGGUUCUUGAAGGAUGGCAAACCGGUCCACCUAAAACAGGGUCAAGAGAUCACCAUUUCUACGGACUAUAGUAUAAAAGGUGAUGAGAACAUGAUUUGCAUGAGCUAUAAAAAGUUGGCCGAGGAUGUCAAGCCUGGGAUGGUUAUACUUUGUGCAGAUGGCACAAUUUCAUUUACAGUUUUAUCAUGCGACAAAAGUGCGGGUUUGGUUCAUUGCAGGUGUGAGAACUCUGCAGUUCUGGGUGAGAGAAAAAACGUUAAUCUUCCAGGAGUGAUAGUGGAUCUUCCAACCUUGACAGAGAAAGACAAGGAAGAUAUCUUGAAGUGGGGAGUUCCAAAUCACAUUGAUAUGAUUGCUCUUUCUUUUGUUCGAAAAGGUUCAGAUCUUGUGGAAGUACGGAAGUUGCUUGGAGAACAUGCUAAGAACAUCCUUCUCAUGUCAAAGGUUGAAAACCAAGAAGGGGUUGCAAAUUUUGAUGAUAUCUUAGCAAAUUCAGAUGCAUUUAUGGUGGCACGUGGUGACCUUGGAAUGGAAAUUCCGAUCGAAAAGAUUUUUCUAGCACAAAAGGUGAUGAUCUACAAGUGCAAUAUUCAAGGAAAACCAGUUGUCACUGCAACCCAGAUGUUGGAGUCAAUGAUCAAAUCCCCCCGACCAACUAGAGCAGAAGCCACUGAUGUUGCCAAUGCAGUUCUUGAUGGUUCUGACUGUGUGAUGCUGAGUGGUGAAACAGCAGCUGGAGCAUAUCCAGAAGUUGCUGUUCGAACAAUGGCAAAAAUAUGUUUAGAAGCAGAAAGCACACUUGAUCACAGCGAUAUUUUCAAAAGAAUUAUGGAACACUCGCCUGUGCCCAUGAGCCCAUUAGAGAGUCUGGCUUCUUCAGCUGUUAGAACUGCUAAUUCAGCUAGAGCAUCUCUCAUAUUAGUAUUAACAAGGGGAGGAAGUACUGCAAAACUAGUGGCUAAAUACAGACCUGGCAUGCCAAUUUUAUCUGUGAUAGUACCUGAGAUUAAGAGUGAUUCCUUUGAUUGGUCAUGCAGCGAUGAAGCUCCUGCCAGGCAUAGCCUUAUUUUUCGUGGUUUGGUACCUGCUUUAUACGCAGGAUCUGCUAGGGCUUCUCAUGAGGAGACAACAGAAGAAGCUUUGGAUUUUUCCAUUCAACAUGCCAAGUCUAAAGGACUAUGCAAGAACGGAGAUUCUGUGGUGGCUUUGCAUCGAGUUGGAACUGCAUCCAUAAUCAAGAUCAUAACUAUUAAGUGAUGAUCAAAUUAGCAGCUGACUUUUUGUUCUACUCUCUUAUUUUGAGCCUUCCAGUAAACUGAGGAUGAAGGCAAUGUGCUACUGAUGUUGCCCGCUUGUCUUUAUCCUUUUUUUUUUUUUGUUUGCUUUUUCCCUUUCCCCUUUUUUUCCCUGUUCUGAGAAUGAACCUCAAUUACGAUGAAUACUAUUUUGAUGGUAAAUAAGUCAGGAUUUUUGUCAUGCAA